GGAGGACCUCAGAGCAGUGGACACCUGGUGGGAAGAGACCUAAGACAUUGCCAGCGACAGAUCUUUAUGGAGACAGCUUGUCGCCCAUUGUGCGCGAGAGGAUCUAAGUUAGAUCUAGUCGCGGAAUCGAAGACAUUACCAAUAUUAUUAUAGAAUGACUAAAUGAUGGCCAACAAUGUGUCAGAAGAAGCAGACUUAAGAACACCUCUUUUAGGAAGUCGAGUAGGUUCUGUACAUUACAAUGAAAUCCCCUACAGACCUGGAAGUGCUAUUGGUGUUCCCAGCACAGUUGUUGAACCACCCAACGAGUACAGAAGCCGUUGGCGAUCCAUUCGUGUCAUGUACCUCACUAUGUUCCUUGGGUCUGUCACUUUUACUAUCACAAUGUCAUCACUCUGGCCCUUCUUGCUAGUGCUUAACCCUUCAACGUCGGCAAGUUUCUUAGGAUGGGUCGUAGCGUCAUACAGCUUAGGUCAGCUUGCGGCCUCACCAUUCUUUGGUGGUUGGUCCAAUUUUCGCAGCUCAAGCAGAGAACCACUUACUGUCAGCUUGUUGCUGACAACAUUUUCAAACAUAUUCUACAUGUACCUCCAGUCAUUGCCUUCUCACAAUGAUUAUUACAUGAUACUUGCGCGGGGACUUAUUGGAUUUAGUGCAGGUAAUGUUGCUGUAGUGAGAUCCUAUAUAUCUGGAGCUACCACUGUUAAAGAAAGAACAAGUACCAUGGCCAACUUAAGUAUCUUUCAAGCUAUGGGCUUCAUACUGGGACCUGUAAUUCAGUCUGCUCUUGUUCCCGUGGGUUACCCUGGACCAGUGGAGUCAGCCGGCUUUCACUUCAACAUGUACACUGCUCCAGCUUUCUUUGCCGUUGUUGUGGCUGUCAUCAACCUGCUGCUGCUCAUAUUUGUCUUCAGGGAGCACAGGGUGUAUAAUGGGGACAUGACUGCCAAUAUCCAAGGCAGAGAAGGUGAUGAUGAUACCCAGAUUUCAAAAUCAACAGAUUCAGUUCAAACUUUGGACUACAAACCUGAUUACAUUGCGGUCAUCUCAACGAUAUUUUUGUUUUUCAUUGUGCUCUUCAUUUUCACAGUUUUUGAAACGAUUGGAACUCCAUUAACCAUGCACAUGUAUGCCUGGACAAAGGCGAAGGCAACUCUGUAUCAAGGCAUUACUCUGGGUGUUGCUGGAGCAUUAUCUAUUGUAGUAUUUGUUGUCACUAAAAUGGUUGUUCAAAGAGUCUCAGAGCGCUAUCUGCUGUUCUUUGGAUUUUGUUUUUGUCUUGGUGGAAUGUUUGUGUUGAUUCCUUGGGGACAUGUGCUCCCACCUAGAGGACUUGCACCAAUAAAUCCUCAAAAUAGUUCUGAAACUUACAGUGGAAUGUAUGCAUUGGUAGAGGCUUUGACUGCUACUGACUCGCCAACGAUCUAUGCUCCCGAAAACUUGAAUAGUGAGGUGGGCAUACAGACAGAUGUAACAAUUACCGCUAUUCCGUUGGGCAAUACAACAACUGUCUACUCACCACAGGGCUGCCCUUGGAAUUAUGAUUGGUGCAAUUAUGUUCCAGUGAUUCACAUAGCCCAAUAUUUUGGGGCAACUGUGUUGAUAAGUAUUGGCUAUCCCAUGUGUAACUUACUAAGCUACACAAUCUACUCUAAAGUGCUGGGGCCAAAACCACAGGGAUUGUGGAUGGGCUGGCUGACAGCGUCUGGAAGUUUGGCUCGCACAGUUGGCCCAAUUUAUGUCUCUCAAGUCUACGACUUGUUUGGCCCUCAGGUAACCUUUGGCAGCUGUUGUGGAAUAGUUUUCCUGACACUUUGUUUUUAUCUCAUCGUCUGCAAACGAUUAGUGCCCUUCUCAUUCAAAGACACUUCAUUGCCACGCUUUGGAGGAAGUGAACAGCACAGAGAUGCUUAGUGGGAGCUAUCUAAAAAGCACUACUCUACCGUAUGUUUGAUUAAGCUACUAGAAGUAUUAAUUUAUUACAGUAUUCAAAAAGUAUAUUUGAAUACGAAAAUUUUGCUAGAUACAAUGAAUACAUUCCUAAGUAACAGACACUACUACUCUGUUAUGAUUAAAGAAUAUAUAUCUGAUGUUUUUCAAUGAUAUUAUGACAUUGUUUAAGACUACUGCUGAAAUCUAAACCCUGAUUGUUUUUAAUUACAUUUUCUCAUGUAGAAUAAUUAUUUUCUCAUUUACAUAAUUAUUUUCUCAUUUACAUAAUUAUUUUCUUACAUAAUUAUUUUCUCAUUUACAUAAUUAUUUUCUCAUUUACAUAAUUAUUUUCUCAUUUAUAUAAUUAUUUUCUCAUUUACAUAAUUAUUUUCUCAUGCACAUAUAUAUUUUCUCAUUCACAUAAUUAUUUUCUUGUUUACAUAUUUUUAUCACAACUGCAUUCCUAAAAAAAAUAUAUUUCACAAUAUUGUCCAAAAAAUAUUUUUUUAAUUCUUCAAACUAAUCAAUCAAUAGGUUUAAUUUUGCACUUUGCAUUGUUUUUUUUUGGUUUUAAACUAAUAAAAUUAUAUUUUUUCCUAAUGUUAAAUUGCAUUAUUUUUUGAGUACAUAUUCUUUUUUCAACAAUCUAAAUUCUUUAUACCAAAUUUUUAAGUCUGUGUUGUCAAUAUUAUUUGAGACACGCCCCACAGUCAUUCCAUUUUUUUUUCGUGCUAUGUGCAUUUUGUACAUCCAUUUAAAAAAAAAUAAAAAUAAAAAAAUAGUAAUAGUAAUAAAUCUUGUCUUUGAAGUCCAAAGAUUAAGUUCAGUAUUUCAUGUUACUAUGCCAAUAUUCAGAAGAAAAAAUGAAUCCUUUUUCGUAAGCUACCUAAAGGUUUAGUUUUUAUUUGUGCACUCAAAGAGCUUCAACUCAUAUGACCUUCAUUUCAUCCAUAAACCUAAACAAAUUCAAAGAAUGUAAACCACAUUUGUUUAAAGCCAUAAUAUGUUCACAAAUGAUCUCUGUCUUUUUUUUUAUCAUUUGUAUUUGAUAUAGAAAAACUCUAAUUUCUAAAAGAAAAUUGGUCCAAAGGCUGUAAUUAAUUAUUCUGGAUUUCCUGUUGAAGCAUCUAACAAAAAAAUAUAUUUACAAAAUAUUUAUCUUAAGGGUCAAAUAUCAAAAUGUUUAAGUUAUACAGAAACCUAAUAUUUGUGUUAUAUCUUUAAUAUGCAAAAAAACAUAAACAAGCCAGUUCUUCAAAAUAUAAAGCUAUAUAGGAACUUCAUUUUUCUGUUGUGUUGUUUUUUUUUUAUGUCUUGAACCAUAAUGGCAACCAGCUAAACAUUGAGGUUAGUGAUAUUUUGAAAAUGGCAUGUUGAAUUAGAGGUUUCAUUUUAUGUCAUAACACAUUUCUUUUUAAACUUUUGAUAAUCUAUUUCUUUUUCUUUUUUAAAUUCAAGCUUAUAAUGAUUAUAUAUCUCAUUUGUUUUAUUUAAUCUAAAGUUGUUUGUUUAUCUGUAAAUGUAUUUAAAUUAUUGAAUGUUUUUUUUAGUAUUUAAUCUGUAAAUGUAUUUAAAUUAUUCAAUGUUUUUUGUAGAUGUGUAGAGUAAGUAGUUGUUUUGAUAGCAUAAUGUACUAACACAAGUAUAUUAUUAUUAUUUAUGAUCCCUAAUAUUGUGACACCCUGCGCAUUAACCAUUGGCCAAAGAAACAGAUGACCUAAACAUCAUCUGCCCUACAGACCGCAUGGUCGGGAAGGGGAACAAGUUUGGGGAUGGGGGGGGGGAGGGGUUUGUCGUUGGCAAAUGAUGUUUAUGUUUGUGUGUUUUUAUCUGAUUCAGAUAAAUUGAACUUUUUAUGUCUGUCAGUGAACAGCUUUCCUCCACUACAUCCAUACUUAAUGACAUCCAGUUGGUCUACUGUAUGUGAAGAAGAACUGUAUGUUACAAGAAGUCCUUGUAUAGAAUACCUCAAAUAACUUUAGCUGGCAUUUAAUUUUUAUGGAUAAAUUGUACAGUUUUUAAGUGGUAUAGCACUUGUCAUCUGAACUGGGAAUCCCAGGCUUGAAUACUAGUGAAGACUUCGGAUGCCUAUGAGUCCACCAGCUCUAGUUAGUUUGGAAAAGUAAAGGCGGUUGGUCCUUGUGCUGGCCACAUGAUACCCUCAUGAACCGUGGGCCACAGAAACAGAUGGCCUUUACAUCAUAUAGACCGCAAGGUCUGAAAGGGGAACUUUACUUUUUAACCUGUGUAGGCCUACCUUGUAACCGAUUCACACUCUACAAACCAGUGCAGUUGACAUACAAUGAAAGAAACAUUAUAUGAACCUGAUGUUGAGGCAAAACUCCAUUAGCUAAGAAUAUUACAUUGUCCUAUACCAGCAGCUGACUAAAUGUUUCCAUAUAUAAUCUAUUCUAAUCUAUAUGAUAUAAGAUAUAUAUCAGUUUCUGUGGUUUGAAGUUCUGAGUUCAUAAGCCUGGCAUUCCAAGAGUCCAUCAGACCAGUUCUUCAUUUUUAGCUCACCACUCAACCAAGGGGAGGCGCGGUGGCUGAGCGGUAAAGCGCUUGGCUUCCGAACCGGGGAACGGGAUUCGAAUCCUGGUGAAGACUGGGAUUUUUAAUUUCGGUAUCCUCUGAGUCCACCCAGCUCUAAUGGGUACCUGACAUUAGUUAGGGAAAAGUAAAGGCGGUUGGUCGUUGUGCUGGCCACAUGACACCCUUGUUAAUCGUAGGCCACAGAAACAGAUGACCUUUAUAUCAUCUGCCCUAUAGACCACAAGGUCUGAAAGGUGAACUUUACUGUUUUUUUUAACUCAACCAAGGAAGAGUUUCUCUUGCUGUACAAACUGUUGUUAUUAUAUCAGGCUCUAAUUUUUAUAUUUUGUACGUAUGUUGUGUAUACAUGCCAUAGACCAGCGGUUCUCAACCUUUUAAGCUCAGCGACCCCUUUUUUACAAUCCCCCACUCUGACGCGACCCCCCCCCCCCCCACAUACACACACAGCAAUAGAAGAGUAGACAAAAACAAUCCAUUUUUUCAAUGGUCUUUGGCGACCCCUGGCAAAUUGACAAUCGACCCCCAAGGGGGUCGCGACCCACAGGUUGAGAACCCCUUCCAUAGACAAAAUAAAACAAGGCCUUUAGACUUUAGGCUUAAGAAUUGUUUUCCCCGGCACUCUGUUAAUCUCACAGUGUAUUGAGGUAAAAUGGUAAGAAAUAUAACAUGUGAAGAAUGUAAUUAUAAAUGCAAAAUGGACAUACAUUAUAUUAAGUUUGCUUUAUAUCAAACCUUACCUAGUAAUUUAAUUGUUUCACACACAAAAAAUUAAAAAGUUAUUAAUUUC